GACAGUUAGUUACUGUGGCUCCCAUCACGCCUUUCUCUUAGCAUCCCGUGUAACUCCUUCACUUUCUCUCUGCUUUCCCACCUUUCGAACAAGCCCCGCACGGGGCCAGCUCUUGCUGUGUCAGGAACUGCAGAAUGUUAAGGGAAUUCACACCUUGGCAACUGUUUUCUAUGCAGGAUGGGGGAUGUAGGUAGUCUAUGUUGAACCAUCUGCUUUCUCGAUGUGGGUACAUUUGGUAGUGAAUGCCGAUCACCGGAUUUGGUUUAGGCGGUGGGAUGAAGCGGAGCACAGUCCAAGGUCGACCACUGUAGGUUUGUUGUAAGCAGGAUUCCUUGUUCGGAUGUAGAGAAGGCGUGAUUGUUUUGUGAUGUUCCUGUUUAUUCGACGUCCAUUCAUCAUGCGUUCCUUGAACUGAGCUGGGAGACAACGUCUGCGCAGCAAAAAUCUUCUAGUUUUGCUUCUGCUGAAUCGAGCAAGAAAAAGGACAACACCUGUUCUAGGCGAACUUUGGAUCAGGAGUAAGGGGCGUACAAAUGAGAUGGGCCCAGGGUGGUUGAAGCCUCUUCUGAAGACUAGUUUCUUUGCAUCGUGCCGUAUCCACGGGCUGAGUUCGCACAAGGGCGAAUGCAACUUAUUUUGCUUACAGUGCAUGGGUGACAGCAUGUGCUCUUUGUGUCUCCCAAGCCACAAAGACCACCAUGUGGUACAGAUAAGGCGCUCAUCCUAUCACGAUGUUCUUCGUGUAUCAGAGAUUCAGAAGGUGCUGGACAUCACUUGUGUGCAGACGUACAUCAUUAACAGUGCGAGGGUGGUGUUUCUUAACAAGCGGCCUCAACCUCGGCCUGCCAAAGGUGUGACCAGCAUCUGCGAGGGGUGUGGACGCAGCCUCCUUGAAUCUUACCGCUUCUGUUCUCUGGGAUGCAAGCUGGGAGGAAUGGAGAGAAACCUCGAACUCACCUUCAUGCCUCGGCAUCAACCGUUGAUGAGCAUUGAUAACCACAUGCAUCCCAGUAGUACACUCAACUCAGAAGAAUCUUCAUUUCACAGGAAGGCCCCUCGAACAAAGAAACUCUCUUUGUUGCCUGCCCCCUCCUCUCCAGUUUGCACAGUCUGUGAUGGCCAAGAGAUUCGUGAUGAAGCCAGUACCGUGAGCCAACAAUGUGAUUCCCACCUCAAUUCAAAAACACACAAUUGUGUGAUUAACGUACAGUCAUGCAGGAGACCAGCUUGCUUGACCGCUACAGUGUACACCAGAUCCGCGAAGAGGCGGAAAGGAAUUCCUCAGAGGGCUCCUCUGGGUCCUUAAUGAAAUGCUUACUCUUCGUUUUCCUUGACAUCAGUAAUCCCUUUGAUGAAAAACCACGUCUACUAGAGUGCCGCUGAUGUAGAAAUACAUGAAGAUUCACGGCAAGUACCACCUUCCAAAGUUGAUUCUUCAUUUUUUUGUAAACAAAUUAUGUAUUGUUGUUGUUGUUGUUGUUGUUUUUGUUUUGUUUUGUUUUUUUUUUUGUUUUUUUUUGUUUUUUU